GGAGCACCCCGCGGUGGAUGCCCACAGCCCAGGGGGGUUUUGCAGGGAGGUGCAGGAUGGAACUCCUGCUGCUCUCUGUUAGUCUUCUAUUUGCACAAGCUUUACCGCCCAAUGGAACCGAACUACCAAAACCAACAGCAACAACAAACUCUACAGAGGAGAACAAUUUGCACAAGGACCUGCUGACUUCCAUGCUAAUUCUGCUCCUGGUCUUCAUCAUUUUCAUUCUGUUGGCGGGCUAUUUUUUCAGGUUCAGAAGACAUAGGAAAGCUGUGGUGAACUCCGGGGACAAAAAGAUGCCAAAUGGGAUCUUAGAAGAGCAAGAACAGCAACGGGUGAUGCUGCUCAGCAGGUCUCCCUCGGGCCCAAAGAAGUAUUUCCCUAUUCCGGUGGAAAACCUGGAAGAGGAGAUACGGAUGCGAUCGGCGGAUGAAGGGAAGCUCUUCCGGGAGGAGUUUAAUUCAUUAACAACUGGAUAUGUGCAGGGAACAUUUGAAAUGGCCAAUAAGGAAGAAAACAGGGAGAAAAACAGAUAUCCUAACAUCCUGCCGUAUGAUCAUUCCAGAGUGAUUUUGACCCAAAUUGAUGGGGUCCCACCUUCAGACUACAUUAAUGCAUCAUAUAUAGAUGGUUAUAAAGAAAAGAACAAAUUCAUAGCAGCACAAGGGCCCAAGCAAGAAACAGUGAAUGACUUCUGGAGGAUGAUAUGGGAGCAGAAGUCGGCCGUCAUCGUCAUGUUAACCAACCUGAAAGAGAGAAAAGAGGAAAAAUGUCAUCAGUAUUGGCCUGACCAAGGGUGCUGGACCUACGGAAACAUCCGUGUGUCGGUGGAAGAUUGCAUAGUUCUGGUGGACUACACCAUCCGCAAGUUCUGCGUCCAGUCGCUUCAUGACGGUUGUAAAGCUCCGAGGCUCGUUACGCAGCUUCACUUCACCAGCUGGCCGGAUUUCGGGGUGCCUUUCACGCCUAUCGGGAUGCUGAAAUUCCUGAAAAAAGUCAAAACGCUGAAUCCUGCCCACGCUGGACCCGUUGUGGUUCACUGUAGCGCUGGUGUGGGUCGCACGGGCACGUUCAUCGUCAUCGAUGCCAUCAUAGACAUGAUGCACGCGGAGCAGAAAGUGGACGUUUUUGAGUUUGUUUCAAGAAUCCGUAAUCAGCGUCCGCAGAUGGUUCAGACUGACAUGCAAUACUCCUUCAUUUAUCAAGCCUUACUCGAAUACUACCUCUACGGUGACACGGAGCUAGAUGUGUCAUCCUUGGAAAAACAUCUACAAACGUCACACAACGCAGCGCCAAACCUGGUCAAAAUAGGGCUGGAAGAAGAAUUUAAAAAGUUAACAAACGUUCGAAUAAUGAAAGAAAACAUGAGAACUGGCAAUCUUCCGGCAAACAUGAAGAAAGCUCGAGUCAUCCAGAUCAUCCCAUAUGAUUUUAAUAGAGUGAUUCUGUCAAUGAAGAGAGGGCAAGAGUACACAGACUACAUCAACGCUUCCUUCAUAGAUGGCUAUCGCCAGAAGGACUAUUUCAUUGCCACCCAGGGGCCGCUGCCACACACGGUGGAGGAUUUCUGGCGGAUGGUGUGGGAGUGGAAGUGCCACACCAUCGUCAUGCUCACCGAGGUGCAAGAGAGGGAGCAGGAAAAAUGCUGCCAGUACUGGCCGUCAGAGGGCUCUGUAACUCACGGAGAGAUAACUGUAGAAAUAAAGAAUGACAGUCUUUUAGAUGCCAUAAGUGUAAGGGACUUCAUCGUUACAUACAAUCAGGGCAACCAGGAGAAGCAAAGCAGGCUCGUCAGGCAGUUCCACUUCCACGGGUGGCCAGAAAUCGGGAUUCCUGCGGAAGGGAAAGGGAUGAUCGACCUGAUCGCGGCGGUUCAAAAGCAGCAGCAGCAAACGGGCAACCACCCCAUCACGGUGCACUGCAGUGCUGGCGCCGGCAGAACAGGUACCUUCAUAGCACUCAGCAAUAUCCUGGAGCGAGUGAAGGCUGAAGGGCUCUUAGAUGUAUUUCAAGCUGUGAAGAGCUUAAGACUGCAAAGGCCACACAUGGUGCAAACACUGGAACAGUAUGAAUUCUGCUACAGAGUGGUACAAGAUUUCAUCGACAUAUUUUCAGAUUACGCUAAUUUCAAAUGAAAAAUCCUGCCUUAUUUUUUAAUUUGUCUGUAUAAAUAGUUGUAUAUUCUGUUAAUUUAUUCAUGUCAUUUUGAUUGUUGACUUUACUGUAAAUAUGACCUUGCGUUUGCUCUAAAAGUUGCGUUUGCUGUAUAAAGUUAUUUCUUAAAUAUAAAUAUCUUCUAAAGCGAAAUAUAAUGUUCAUAUACAGUAUAUCACUAUAAGAUGGUAUAGAAAUCUUUAUUCUAAAUAACAUUAAAUUAAUUCCUGAGGGUCUAUUUCUUUGAUUAUUUUUUUCCCCACUUAUAAAUAUUUAUCAAGAAUGUUAUCUCCCAAUUCUUGAAACCUUACACAGGUGAUUUAUAUUUCAUACCAAAAAAAAAAAGGGAAUUAUGGUACAUAUGUUUAAGCUAAACAUGUUUUGGCCGUAAAUCUUCCUCCUUUGCUAUGAAAAUGUUUAUUUGGGGAUGCAUUCUGGUAACCUGCUCCUGCUUAUUUGUCAUUUAUUUCAGAUAGGCUCAUUAAAGGCAAAGAGACUAUCGGAGUGAAAAUGCUAUUAAUGAUAAAGGUAUCAGAAUGUGGCUCUUCAUGUGUAAUAAUGUACAGCCCAACUGGAAAAAUAUAACUGCUUUUAAAGUCUGUUUUGAAGAACCUCCAGAUUGCUGGCAGUUCUAUUUUGAGUCUUACUGUCAAUAAGAUAAAAUCUGUAUGAAUAGGAGAUUUGAAUGUUUGAUUUAAUGUAGCUUUCAAAGCCCAUUUAUUUUGCUCUUUCCUAAAUAUGACACCAGCUUAUAUCAAUUUAGAAGGACUGUAAUGGGAGUUUACCACUAUUUUGCAUAUCAGAAGAGUAUAUUUUGCAGCACUUGAACUUGUCUACUUGAAGAGGCUUUAUAGCCCUUGUCAGAAAUGGAUAUAAAGCUCCUCUGGAGGCACGUGCAUGAUUCUCUGCUUUGAGGAAAGGCAAAGGAGAUACUCUGUUGAAUCAAAGAAAAAGAGUUAAUUAACAGUAUUGGCUAAAAUUUUGGAAAAAAAAAAAACCAAACCCUAACCCAUUUUACUAACAGCAUAAUGCUAGCACCAUUGUGUUGUAGCAAAAAGCACCUCUAUGUUCUCACUCUCCCAUAGAUAUUAUCAAAGAAGGAAUGAUUCCUUUAUCUAAAAGGGGUAUAUGAUUGUGUAUAUAGAUAUAUUUUUAAUGAAAGUACUACUGAUAAUAUAAUUGGUGAAAGAAAGGUUAAAAGUCUUUAUUGUAGCCCUGAACAAGAUAUGCUUGGGGGUUAGAAAAUCCAAAAAUCACAGGGCAUCCGAAUGUUGAAUAAUUAAAAAGUAUAUCUUUUCCACUCUUUAAGAUGCAUAUAUGAAUUAAUGAGCACAAAGUAUGCGAAUAUGUACUUUAAUUACGUGACUAAUAUGCAAUAGUUCUGUCUCGUCCAGUCGGUUGGUUUUUUUUUCAAUGCAAACGUAAAAGCCUUAUUUAAAAUAAGCAACUCACACUGCUCGUUUCACGGUUGUUCUUGCACUAUUUUAUCCCAUUUUUCACUUCUGCUGAGAACUGUUCCAUCCCGAGUGGAAAAGGUGCAGUUCAGAAAGGUCUGAGCACACUGUUCUGAUCACUGCCAUUCCUGCUUCCUGUCUCCCCAUCCACGCACUCUGUAUUUAUUUGUACAGUAAAUUAUGCACUUAAAACAAAAAAAAAAAAGAUUGUUUAAAGACUAAAGCUUUGUCGCGAGUCGCUAUUAGAAGAUACACUCCAGACACAGAAAGUGUAAUGGAAACAAACACUGACCAAGUUUCCAUGACUGCUGCAUGCUAAAAUUUUAUCCAUUUUUUAAAAAAGCCAACAAAUAAAUUCUCUCCGGAGGGCGGUUUUCAGCACCAUCACUCGUAGCACAGGGAGACUCAACAAAAGUGGUUAAACCACCACAGAAAACAACGCACAGAAAUCCCCACCGUUUUCCAAAGCAGCAUGUUUUUCUGGUCUCCUUUAGAUUCCAGUGUUGGGAUUUUUGGUCUACAUUUGAAGAGUAAUUUCUCUGUUAAGGCAGCCUUUUUUGGGUCCCUUCAGUAAAAGGCUGGAUCCGGAGCUGCCCCCUCAGCCCCACGGCGGUGGUGGGUGGUGGUGGCUCUGGGUAGGAUGGAGUUCAAGCCCAAACAUCAAACACAAAGUGGGUACUCAGAUUUUUACUUGCUAACUAUGUAAAGAUAUCUAGGAGGAAACAGAAAUACCUAUAAUAUAUUUCAGAAGUCACAAAUAUAGCUAUGUAGGGACUUUUUUUUUUUUUUUAAAUAAUUUGAAAAGCUUGCUUUCCAGUUCUUUGUGUUCAGCCUGGUAACUGGGGAGCUCUAUCUUGAUAUAUAGAUAUAUAUGAAUUUUCUUUUAAAUUUUCCUCUGUUGCAUGGAAUUACUUUAAAAUGCCAAAUAGUCGAUUAGAAGUUGUACUUUCUGAUCUGUCUGUGGUUUUGGUCACUAUGUGACUCGACUGUCUGUUCUCAUGUGUUAAGGGAGGUUCCAGUUCACCCAAGCAUUUAAGCAAUGGUUUUGUGACAUCUUUAUUUCCCCCAAACAUUUAAGCACCGUAUCCUGGAGCAAUCCCUUAAGUGCUUUGCUGAAUUGGGCCUUAAUGAAGAAUGCAUACUGUAAUUACCAGUGUUUUUUAGGGUAUUUUUACGUAUCAGUUUUUUAAACUUUUAAAAUGAGCCUGACCACCCAUGUUCAGUAUUUUGAAAUGUUUUCAUUUCCCUAGUACCAUUUUUAAUGUAAAGUUCUUGAAACUUUUCUGUAUAACCAAAUUGUAUUUAAUUUGUCAAAUCUUUAUAAUAUAUGUAUGUAUUAUACAGUUUCACUAUUAUUAUUUUCUUUUAUUACAUUUAUAAUUUGAUCUUGCUGUGUUUUUAAAGCCGGUGAAUGUUGCUGAAUUAUUUGUAUAUGCAAAUUGCAAGAUCUAAUACAUUCUGAUGCAAGAACAAAGCUUCCUUUUUAUUCUCAA